UGACCAGGAAAUUCGUCUUCACGGAACGCAGUUAGAUUUUCCUUCACCACUCCCAGGAGCUCUGUUUAAUUUAUCUCAUCUUGUAUUGUAAUACUUAUUUAGUUUUAGUUUUAUCGUAGCUAGCAUUACUGAAUUUUCAAUAUGGCUGAUAAGGAAGAUAAAGUAUAUACUGCUCGUUUAGCAGAACAAGCUGAACGAUAUGACGAAAUGGUAUCAGCUAUGAAAGACAUUGCACAGAUGGGAGUUGGGCUCUCAACUGAAGAGCGAAAUCUUUUAUCAGUGGCAUACAAAAAUGUCAUCGGUUCUCGGCGAGCAUCUUGGCGUAUAAUAUCGAGUGCAGAGGCGAAAGAAGAGGCAAAGAUGGAGAAGGAAGAGGGAGAUAAGGAUUUCUUUAAAUUAACAGAAACAUACAGAAAACAAAUAGAGAAGGAGCUGCAGGAUAUUUGUAGUGACAUUCUUGACCUGCUGGACAAACAUCUCAUUCCAUCAGCGACAGUAGCAGAGGGUGAAGGUACUACAGAAGUUAACGAAGCAUAUGUGUUUUACUACAAAAUGAAAGGCGACUACCUUCGUUACUUGGCAGAAUUCUCCAGAGACAACGAACGGAAAGAAGCUGCUGAGAAUUCACUCGUGGCUUACAAAAGCGCUUCUGAUAAAUCUGCUACAGCGCUGCAACCAACCCAUCCCAUCCGACUUGGAUUGGCCUUAAACUUCUCUGUCUUCUACUACGAGAUUCUCAAUUCACCCGAGCGGGCUUGUCGUCUAGCCAAGCAAGCGUUUGACGAUGCUGUUACAGAACUUGAUGGAUUGCCAGAGGAGAACUACAAGGACAGUACAUUGAUCAUGCAGUUGCUUAGAGAUAAUUUAACGUUAUGGACGUCGGACAUGCAAACCGAGGAAGCAGAAAAAGGUGACUCCGAAUUACAAGACGUUGAAGAUAAAUAAACAGCUAAUUAUAUUAAUGCACCAUCAUUCGAUGAAAAAAAACAUUGUUUACACCAAUAUCGAGGUGAUAUCUGGACCAAUAUUGAUGCCGUUUUCUCUCAACAUGCAACUGGAGCGCUUAAUAUGUCAUUGUGCUUUGUCUGGUCUGAAAAAUUUUCUUUAGCCCUGCAGAAUUAUUUGCAAUUUUUGUGUCUGUCUUUCUGAUUGUUUUUUCUGAAAUUUGUUUGGCCAAGUAUCUUACGUUGAUUAAUUUUCGUUAAGGCUUAUUUUCGCAAAAUAAAAAAAUGCUUUUCGCAAAAAUUAAUUCUCGCAAGUCAUUUAUGCUGAGAUUUUUCGCGAAUACAUCAUUUUAAUGUUUGAAAAAUUUCACGCAAACAAAUUUUCGUUAAUAUGGUUGAAAUUCGCGAAAAUUAAUCAACUUUAGCUCCAAGUGAAUAUCAACUUCCAACAAAAGAAUAAUUAACAUAACCAAUUCAAUUAAACGAAUGUUUUCAAUUAACGCUUUUUAGUCGCUUCUUGUCGCUUUUUGUUCCAUAGGAAGAUAAAAAGAGAUUAUUAUUAUUGGCAUGUACCCCACUGUAUAUGAGUUUCCGUCUUAUUUAUACAUUGUUUAUAUUAUAGUUCAUUUGGUGUGUGUUGUUGCGACAGUAGAAAUUUAUUAAUUUAUUUGAACACGAGAAAAAAAAUAUGAGCUUUGUCUUCCAUA